AUCUGUCGUUUCUUUCCUCCAUAACCCAGACACACAACACCCAUCAUCCAUUCUCUUUUUCUCCCAUUUUUCUUCCCGGUUUUAGUUUUUGCGCGACCAGUUGCAUGCAUUGUUCGUCUCCCAAAAUGGUUUGCGAGACUAAAAUCGUUGCGGACGACCCCGACGCCAUAGCUGGGAACAAGAAAGAUUCUUUAAUAGCUUCCUCGGCGCAAAUGUGGCCAACGAGCGCAUCCAGCAGCGCGUUUGAAAGGAAAGAGCCGAGACGCGAGCAGGUUUUCAUCCGCGACUUUGAACCCAAAGAUGAACCCGAAGUGCGCCGCAUCUUUAACGAAGGCAUCAUGGAGAGGAUACCCAACACAGCAUUCCGCAGUCUGAGACAGCAACCCCACACCCAGUUUCUAUAUGCCGUGCUCACAGUAAUGUGCUUUGUUAUGACCAAGUCUGUCGUGCUGACAUGCUGCACACCUUUUAUUCUAAUGGGAGCACGUUAUUACUAUAGCAGAAAAGUCAUCCUCAACUACCUGGACUGCGCACUCCACACGGAUAUGGCUGAUAUAGAGGCAUACUACAUGAAACCCACAGGUUCUUGUUUCUGGGUGGCGGUGCUGGAAGGUCAGGUGGUCGGCAUCGUAGCGGCACAGGGACGCGAGGAAGACAACACGGUGGAACUCCGCCGCAUGUCUGUGGACUCUCGUUUCCGCGGAAAGGGCAUCGCCAAGGCGCUGGGCAGACGAGUCCUGGAAUUCGCCAUGCACAACAACUACUCGGCCGUGGUUCUGGGAACGACGGCAGUCAAGAUGGCCGCCCACAAGCUGUACGAAUCGUUGGGUUUUCAGAGGGUGGGCGAGAGCCAGGACUACACUUUGCCUGGAAUGAGUCGCUCGCCGCUUGAAAGGCUUUUCUUCCAGAUCCGCUACAGUCGCUACCGGCUCCAGCUCCACGAAGAGUGAAAGAACGUGAGAGUGAAGGGAAGCAUGAGUGAAAGAACGAGCACCAGUGGACGUGAGAGCGCGUAAGAGAGUAUGAACACCGACGACAACCCUCAAAUCGCCCAAACUUAAUCCACUUCUUAAACCUUAAUCGUUUUUUCUUUUUUUUUUUUAUAAAUAAGAUGUGCUUUCUACCACUAUUUCUCUUACUUUUUAACUGUUAUU